UGUUUUUUUUUAAUUUAUUUUUAUUUUUUUACAUAAUUUGUAUAUUAAAACGUAAACAUGAUGCACAUUUGAAAUCUUACAGACAAAGCUGUGUGCGUGCCAAUGCGACAGCUCACCUGCAGGUGAACCUGUUUAUCACAGUUACCUGUGAGGUAUAGUUAAAGCAUAACCGGACAUUUCAGCAGGAUGAGAGGCGCGUGACGUUGACGUCAGACGGAAUGCUGGCGGCGAACGACGCAUUGUUUGGAAUAAAUGACCCGAAAUCCAACUACAAAAGCUGCAGGAAAUGUCCUCUUUUCUCUGCUGCUGUUGCUGCUGCCUAGACGAAAACUCCAGCAGUGAGAGGCAGCCUCUGUUGAACUCCAAUGUUAAAGGAGAAGAUGGAGCUGGAACAACGGCCAGACAGCCCCGUCCAGGACAUAAUUUUGAUUAUACUAAGCAAAACGGAAGGCUGCUGAUGAGGCGGGUGAAUGUCCCAGAGCUGGAUGAAAGGUUUGCUGACCUGGCACAGACCUUCAACGACCAUCAAGAAGGCUAUGAGACAAUGGUCGAGCGUAUCAGAAACCUGCAAAAAGGAUACGACUGCACACGCUGUGACCACAUGAGCCUCGCUGAAUGUGUGGGCAAGAUCAUGCAGGAGUGGGAUACAAGAUUCAAGGUUACCCUAAGGAUAAAAGGGUACGACUUCUCUCUAAGUGUUGUCCCUGUCAGUUUGGAGAGUGAAACUGAGGAAGAACCGCUGCCUCCAGGUCUGCAGCACACUCAGAAUGAAGUCAGAUAUAUUUCUGAUGGGGCCAAGGCCACCAUCUCAAAGAGUACCACACUUCAAGAGCUUACUAGCUGGCUGCUGCGAAGCCAGAGUACAAUGAUUGAGCAAGUGCACGAAGCAGCAGAAAAUUACCAAGAGCAAGGAAGAUUGAAGGAGAACCUGAAGGAAAAUAUGAUAGAAGUGAGAAGGGCUCAGAGGUUAAUACAAGAAUACAAGCAGCGGGCUGGUGAAGUCCUUACAGAAGCUGAAAAGAUCGCUAAGGCUCAUUUGUAGGCCAUCUUUUCUUUAAUGGAGUUAAUCUGAGACGUGUGCUACACCCUAACACAACACAGUCUUUGCAAACCCUCUACACAAGUUGAGUAUUAAUUUUACCAAAAUAUAUCAACCUGCAAAAUACAAUUGUCAAUCAGUGUACAGAAUCUGCUAUCAGGGGCGCAAAAAGUGGGAAUGCAGUAUAUGGGGCGCAGGCCUACAGAGGACGCCAAACCGAAGUUUAGAAAGUCAUUUAUAGUUUGUAUUUUUUUAAUUUCAAAGCUGUGCACAUAGAUAUGAUGUGAUCAGUAACAGAAGCACUGAUUGGGUGCCCCCGCCUCAGCUGCUCCUCCUUGCCUUCCCUUGAGUCGUGCACUGAGAGCGCGCUCCGGCAUGUAGUCAUCUGAUGACAGUGCGCUAAAGAUGGAAAGGCAAAAGAAACAAACAAUUAAGGGCUCAAAACAGAAAAUGCCAGAGAUGUAGAGGGAAUGAAGAAAAGUUCUUCUAAAUGGUUGAGAGACAGCAGGUACAUUAUAGCAGUGAUAAAAACAGGCUUGUCAACAUUCAGGUUAAAGCUACCAGUAAAAUGGUCACAAGUGUUUUGCAACUAUACUGAGCAGGAUUUAUAGUAUCAAUAAUCAUGAAGAGAAAAUAAAGGAGCUUGUUUGUACAGAUUUUGUUUCAGACAGACAUAAAUAACUUCUUUAACAAUAAACUGAAAUGGUUUUUAUCGCAUGAUAGUAACAGCACUAAAUAAUGAUAAAAGCUGCUCCUAAUUGAAGAAGUAGGGAGGAGUAUGUGUGAUGUGGCUUAGAUGGGGCUUUUGUUUUUAUUUUUAUAUCGUUAAAAGCUUGGAUAAUUAUUGUUUUUUGAGUGACUAUUUAGUUUACAGCCUAUUGCUUUUAAAAUCAUUAUGGCGGAACGAUACUUUGGAUUUUAGCUGAACAUUUGGAGAUGUUUAACAACAAUAAAUAUAUGCUAUUCUAUACCACCACUAACUGAUAUCCAACAAAAAUAUAAUUUAAAAUAAAACAAAAAAAUCUAUUUUUACAUUACAUUUUUACAGUUUAGUCACUGUAUUCUUUUAAAAUCUUCCUAACACAAAGUUAAUAUCACACAGCUGUGAGGAUGGAGAGAAAGAAUCAGGACAGAUGGAGAAAAGAAACAGGUUGGUCUUAUGGUGGACGUUCAGGGAAAACCCAGUUCAUACCAAGUCAGUCAUUUUGAAAUAGUAUUCUUCAUUUUAGAAAACAUACAUUAGCAAGAUGUUUAAUUCAUUUAAAAUAAAUAAUUGUUGCUUGGCCAUAUGAUUUAGUGGAGAAGAACACAGGCAAGAGGUGAAGCACACAGACAUGAGGUUGGUGAUGCAUCUGAUAUCAAAGAGAGCAGUAAUGACUUCAGGUAGGAAUAAUUAAACUAUUGAAGCCAAAAAAACCCAGAUGCUCCUUCUGGUUCGAAGUUCUGCUGACCACCGCUUCACUGUGGCCUUCUGCAAAUAAGUGCAGGCAUAGAUGACAAGUCAGUCACAACAGAGAAGAACGAGGAGAGAGGUUCAGAUGAUGAUGAUGAUAACGAGAAAGAGAGACGAUCAGCUGAUGAUGAAGAGGGAGAAGAAGAGAGGUGCAGAGGAGGGGGCUGGUGAAUUCCUUCCUCAGAAGAUCCUUCUGAAUGGCCUUCACCUCACAAAACUGGGGACUCGUUGAGGCAACAAUGGUUGAAAAUGGCUCAAAAAGUUUCUGGGCCACAUCUAAGAUCAGUUAGGGAGUAAAUCGGUUUAUACAUUUAAACAAAGAAAGUGUUGUAGGGGUGUUUAGCUUUAGGAGGGGUGGAUGGGGCGUUUUAUAAUGUGCAUUUAUGUCUGUGUGUGCGUGGUGGUGGUGGGGGUUAUAAUGUGAUCGCAAACCCCUAUAAAGUUGGGUAGUUGCGCCCCUGUCUGCAUUAUUGUUAUAAAAAUCGCCGUCUUUCUUUGGAAAUAGCACAGUUUAAGUCUCUACUUUUAUUAUUCAAAUAUAUUUUUAAUUGGUCAUUAAAAUGUAUAGUUAAACAGAUUUGUCAAUACAUUGAUAUGAACUCUUUAAUACUUUUUUAAAAAUAUUAUGAAAGUAUAUAUUUUAAUGUUUAACAUAAUAAUAGAAAUGUUUUUUUUCAUUAGACACCAUUAUUUUGUCAUGUCCUUUAUGAUGAAAAUGUACUUUAAGAAUAACAACCAACAAUAUUUUAAAAACUCAAUAACUUUUACAUCAAUCUAAAGCUCCUUGUGUAUUUUUUUGCUGGCAAUGUUUUUUUGUGAGGUCAAAAUUAAUAUUUAAUUAUUAAUUAAAAUCAUUUUUGUGUUGAGUAACACCACAAACCUGUAUAUAAUGACCCCCCCCCUACUAAAUACAAAUGUGUGAUCUAUAAGUGCAUAUCCAUCAGGAAGUGCCAACCCAAAAGUCUUUUGGACCUCUCGACAUCAGAGGGAGUCAGGUCUGCCUUUAUAUGUAUUUAUUGUCAUCUAUGUUGUGAAACUGAUUUGGUCAACCCCUAUAACAUGACAAUAAAUUAGAAAACUUCUACUGAAUAUUAUAUUUAAAUUCUGUUCUUCAUGCAUACCAUGUGAUCUAUUCGUAGUGUCAGGACAUGAAGCAGCAGUGUGAAAAAAUCUCACCUGUCAGACUCAACCCCGUUAUGUUUUAGUGUACGGGGGGUUAAAAAAGUGUGGCGAGGUCAAGAUUUUUAUACCUUCAUUAUUUCAUUAUUGUAAAAAUGAUCAUUUAUUACAAUCAAAAUGAUCGUACUUGCAUGCAUGCUGAAUACGAUUUCUGUUCCAUGCUAAAGAUUUGAAUGAUUAGAUUUGAUUGAAGAAAUGCUAGUGAAAAUGCACUGGGGAAGUCUGGAGUCUAUAGGUAAAUGGUGCAUUCUAAACUAUGAUGAUGACUUGUGUCCAGGUGUCAUCGUAAACAUUCAGGUGCAGAUCAAAUGCGUGCAUCCUAUUGGGUCAAAUAGGUUCUUUUGGAUUUCUUGAACUUAUACCACCCCCACUGAAUGUGACUAAGCACCAUGUGGAAGUCCUGAGAAGAGAUGCGGAAUCAACUCACAUUUGAAUUUUAUUAUUUUGCUCCUAAAGUGUAGUUGUCUCUUAAAGGGGUGACUGUUACCACACCUCCCAUUGGACUUUUUAUGUCUACUCGCAAACACAUACAUACACUACAGAAUGUUGCACUUGAGUGAUUCACGCUGUUGUUUAUAUACUGUUGGUUGUUUUGGCUCAUUAUAAUAAAACUCUAUUAGACUAUGCUUCAAUUUGUAUCUGGUUUUCUUUUGGAUAUAAAAUGACAUACAUAAAAGUCUUAAAAAAGAAUUUAAUGAAUAAGUAGGUCUCUAAAUCAGUAUUUAGCAUUAUGUAUGUCAUUUCAAAUCUGUCACCAUCUUCAACUCUGUUAUGCUGUUUUAACUCCAUAACACCAAUAUUUUCAGAUAUUAUUUAUUAAAAAUGAUAAAAAUGUUUUAAUGUUUGUUGAUUUUUUUCUAAAAAUCUUGAGAACUCUCAUAUGUUUGGUGUUUUAUAUAGCAAUUCUUAAAUUAAUCAAUUUUUUAAUGAAAAUGCUUUCACUGAUUAUUUGUGAGCAUUCAGUUUAAUCUGAUUGUAUUACUCUUGAAUGUGUUCUGUAUGGUGGAGUGAAAUAAAAUAAAUACAAAGAUGAGAAUAAA